GUCAGUAUUAUAGUAUAAAGUCGUCUGCUGUCAGUUUGAGCACGGCGUCCGACGCGACGAUCAUGACUUCACCAAACCAGACGCAGCUGUCUCAGCUGGAUUCGACAGCUGUAGAGAAUUUUCGCGAAUAUUUGCGAAUUCCAUCGGUUCAUCCCAACAUCAAUUAUGAUGAAUGUGUCGGCUUUGUUGAAAGACAAGCAAAAUCUCUUGACUUACCAGUCAAAAAAUAUGAAGUGUUUCCAAAGAAUCCAAUUUUGGUGCUUACGUGGGAAGGAAUGGAACCGGAGAAACCGUCCAUACUCUUGAAUGGUCACAUGGAUGUUGUACCCGUUUUUCCUGAAUUGUGGACAUAUCCUCCAUUUGACGCCCACAUGGACGAUGAGGGGAACAUUUAUGCUCGCGGAUCACAGGACAUGAAAUGCAUUAAUAUUCAAUACUUGGAAGCCAUACGACGUUUAAAGUUGAAUGGCGUUCGUCUCAGGAGAACUGUUCAUAUUUCUUUUGUGCCCGAUGAGGAAAGGGGUGGUGUACUUGGAAUGAAAGAUUUCGUUAAGACUGAGGAUUUUAAAAAUUUAAAUGUUGGCUUUGCCCUUGAUGAAGGAAUGGCGAGUCCAAAUAAUAAUUUUCUAAUGUUCUAUGGUGAACGAAGUAUUUGGCAAAUGUGGAUUAAAUGCACUGGAAAACCUGGACAUGGUUCUUUAAUGCCCGAUAAUACAGUUGGUGAAAAAUUUAUGAAAGUUAUUGAUAAAUUCAUGGAGUUUAGAGAGAAGGAAAAAAAUAGAUUACGAAAUUCAAAUCUCAAAAUUGGAGAUGUUACUUCUGUCAAUUUGACACAAGUUCGGGGUGGAGUUCAAAUGAAUGUGAUACCAAGUGAAUUGAAAGUGGGCUUUGAUAUUCGUAUUGCAACUGAUGUGAAUCAUGUGGAAUUUGAAAAAAUGAUUCAAAAUUGGAUUAAAGAAGCUGGAGAGGGAAUAAGUUAUAGUUUUGAGGAAAAAAAUUCAUUUGUCGAAAAUACAAAAUUAGAUGCAACAAAUCCAUUUUGGAUGGCUUUUAAAAAUACUUGCGAAGCUAAUAAAAUGACAUUGGAAUCUGGAAUAUUCACCGGUGGAACUGAUAGUCGUUACAUUCGAUCUUGUGGAAUUCCUGCAAUCGGAUUUUCGCCAAUGAACAAUACACCUGUGCUUCUUCACGAUAAUAAUGAAUUUUUGAACAAAGAUGUCUUUCUACGUGGGAUUGAAAUUUAUAUGAAAUUAAUACCAGCCAUUGCCAAUGCAUAAAGAAUAUUAUCAAAUAUUAUUAAGUAAUCAACAAGAAGAAUAUUACAAAUAUUUAUCUCCUUACUGAAAAGAAAAUACAUAAUUAAUUUCAAGUCUACAAAGUGCUAUGAUAGUAAGCUUUAAAUAGAUUUUCAAGUCCAAAGAUUACGUCCUAAUUAAAGUUAAUAUUCACCGAAAAGAAAUACAACUAUAAAGGAAUAUCAAUAAUGAUAAAUAUAUUCUAGAUAAUUAAUUAAUUGCUGAAAAUUAGCAAGACUGCACCUACAAAUAUAAAGCAGAAAAUAUAUUACAAAAAGAAAUCAACUACAGAAAUAGACUGAAAAAAAAUGCUUCAAGUAUUUAUUGAGAUUUUAUAAAGAUGUUAUUAAUAAUUUAAAGAUUUCAAGCCUGUUAUUAAAUUAGAGAAUAUCAAUAAUAAACCAAUCAGUUUGGGAAAUUUUUAUUAAAA